AAGGCAACAGCAGUACAGCACCCGUCCCGGUUAAGCUCCGUCCCAGGUAAGAGCUAGCAGCUCGAGAGAGCGCAAAAAAAGAAAAAAGAAAACCCCAAAACUCCAGAGAUUAAUCGGCAGAGCUAGCUGUGACCGAGGAGAAGACAGAGCAGCCGAAUCGAAGAUGGCGUUCUAUAAUGGCGCGAGUGUUGUCGCGCUGCUGUUGCUGGUCUCCACGGCUGCUCGAGCUGCCGGCGAUGGCCUGCUGCUCAACGGCAACUUCGAGUACCAGCCGAGCAAGUCACAGAUGAACGGCACAAGGGUGAUGGCGGAGUACGCGAUCCCGUACUGGAAGAUCACCGGGUUCGUGGAGUACAUCUCGUCCGGGCAGAAGCAGGGCGACAUGCUGCUGACGGUGCCAGAGGGCGCGCACGCCGUGCGGCUGGGCAACGAGGCCUCCAUCGAGCAGCAGAUCAGCGUGACCCGGGGCAUGUACUACUCCAUCACAUUCAGCGCCGCGCGCACCUGCGCCCAGUCCGAGAAGCUGAACGUGUCAGUGGCUCCCGGCCCGGAGUCCGGCGAGCUCCCCAUCCAGACCGUGUACACCAGCAGCGGCUGGGACUCGUACGCCUGGGCGUUCAAGGCCAAGCGCGGCCUCGUGUCGCUCAUCAUCCACAACCACGGCGAGGACGACGACCCCGCGUGCGGCCCGCUCAUCGACUCCGUCGCCAUCAAGACCCUGUACCCUCCUCAGGCCACCCAGAACAACAUGCUGAGAAACGGGGACUUCGAGGAGGGGCCGUACAUGUUCCCGAACGCGGCGUGGGGAGUGAUGGUGCCGCCGAUCUCAGAGGACGACCACUCGCCGCUGCCGGGGUGGAUGGUGAUGUCGGACACGAAGGCCGUCAAGUGCGUCGACUCCGCGCACUUCACCGUGCCGCACGGCGCGCGCGCCGUGGAGCUGGUGUCCGGGCUCGAGACGGCGCUGAUGCAGGAGGUGCGCACCGUGCCGGGGAGGUCGUACAGGCUGGAGUUCUCGGUCGGGGACGCCAGCGACGGUUGCGUGGGUUCCAUGCAGGUGAAAGGGUACGCGGGUCAGGGGUGCACGACCGUGACGUACAGCUCCCAGGGCACGGGCGGGCACACCCGCGCGUCGCUGGAGUUCGCCGCCGUCGCGAACACCACGCGGGUGGUGUUCGUCAGCUCGACGUACAUCACCAAGUGGGACGGGACGCUGUGCGGGCCCGUCGUCGACGACGCCUCGCUCGUGUGCGUGUCCCAGCAGCAGCCGCCCGCUCGCCGCCUGCUUCGUCUCUGAAAUGUUGCGCUACACGGAGCAGUUCGCGGCCGGUCACAUGUACUCGCAUGGCGCGUUGGAAUGUGACUGUGCUGGGAGUAGCAGUCGACCUUUCUUCGAAUUUGUUUCAUUUUGUUUGAGAGUGAUGUUCGAAAUAUCUGUUGAAAA